UGUUUUUUAAAUAUAUUUAGCGUUGCGAAAUUUUUGGACGAUCCCUUAAAAACUCUUGGAGUUAAGAACAUUUUGUUUUCUUGUUUGGACAACCGAACACAGUAAUAAAAUACAUGCAUUGCUGAAGUAUUUAACUAUUUAAAGUAUCCUUAAAUUUUUUGAAGUAAUGGAUAACGAAAAAUACAAAAAUAUCUUGCUGAAAAUAUCAGUUAAUUUGUUGGAUAAAGAUGUUGAAGCAAUUAAGUUUUAUUAUUCAAAAGAGAUAGGUGAUGCUGAUCUUGAAAAGAUUACAACUCCGAUUAAAUUAAUUCAAACUUUAGAAAAACGUAUGCUUUUAAGGACCAAUGAUUACAGUUCUUUUGUAGAUGUACUUAAAAUAAUUGGAAGGAAUGAUUUAGUUGCAUAUUUUUUUGAGGCAUCAAGUUCAUCAGAAACAAAUUUCGUAAUUUCUGACAAGAAAGAUUCUUCAAAUACACCUGAUAAUGCUAGCAAAAUUUAUGUCAAGAAAGAUAUAUCAGAGAUUUGCGCAACACUGAAAAAUUAUUAUCUUGUAAAUUAUGGGAAAAUAAAUGAAGUUCAACCACUUCUAAAAACACCUGCAAAUGUUGAUCUGAUAAGUACUUUUGUUGAUUUAUGUAUUGUUGAUGCAGUGAAUAUUCAAUUGGAUUUUGUUUUCAGUGUUGAACGAAAAGAAUUUCUUGAAAAGCAAAUGAGUUAUACGCCAAUACCAUAUAGUGAAAUAUUUACCAAGGAAAAAUCAAGCAUAUUAAUAUCUGGAAUAGCUGGUAUUGGGAAAACAUGGUUGCUUAGAAAAUGUUUACUUGAUUGGUCAAAUAAUUUAAUUUGGAAAAAUGUUGAACUUGUUUUUUAUUUAGAAUGCAGAAGACUUAAUCAAUAUCAAAAUGUUUCUAAUAUUAAUGAAUUACUUAAUAUUUUCUACAAUGACAUUAUAAACGAUUUUGAUAUCAACAAUCAUUCUGUUAUGUUUAUGAUUGAUGGAUUAGAUGAGUUUACAUAUUUAAAUGAAUUAGUAAAUCCGACUUUAAAGUGUAAAUAUCAAAUUGUCAGUGUAUUAGCAGAUAUUAUAAAAUUUAAACAUGUAGUUGCUGGUAGGGUUUAUGCAAUCGAUCAAUACCAAAGUAAAUAUAGAGAGCAUAUUUACUAUGAGUCAACUAUUCAAAUAAUGGGUUUUAAUGAAAAUGGAAUCAACAAUUAUAUAGAAAACCAUGUUAAAGAGGAAAAAAAAGAAGUUAUAAAAAUAACUUUAAAGGAAUCGCCUAUUGCAAAAGCCAUGGCAUCUAUUCCAUUUUAUUUAUCUUCAAUGUGUAAAAUUAUUAGUGAUUCAAAUAAUAUAUAUACAAAUUCCUUCUUAACUAUGACAGAUCUGUAUGCAAAUAUUUUUUUAUACUUUUUGCAAAAACACAUCAUGAAAAAUGAUAAAUUGAUAUAUGAGAUAAUGGAAGACAGUUUUAAUAAAAAGUAUAUUUUAAAUAUUUGUAAAAUUGCUUAUCAGUUGUUUAUUAAAAAUAAAAUAAUAUUUUUCAAAAAAGAUAUUAAAUAUUUUAUCAGCAACUUUGAUAAAAAUGAUGGUAAUCUUUUUGGGUUUAUCGAAAAAGUUGAGACAAAUCUAGGCUGUUAUUAUCAGUUUGCGCAUUUGACAAUAAUGGAGUUUUGUGUAUCUGUAUAUGCAUAUAAUUGUUUAAGUUGUAAAAAAAUUAUGGCUAAAAAAAAGUUAAGAAGUUGUUUAUCAAUGAUUUGUGGAUUAACUAACAAUAAAAACCAAAAUAGUUUAUUAAAGUUUCUUGUUAACCUAAAUCCUUCAAAUGAAUCUUUACCUUGGUUUUCUAAUUUUGGAAAUUUGUUCUCUGGGUACAGAACGAUUGGUUGUGCUGGAUUAAUAUGGAUUUUAGAUCGUCUAAGUAAAAGUGAUGACAGAGAAGAAUACCAUGAUUUAUUUAUUGAAUGUUUUUAUGAAAGUCAAUCAUCAUUUAAUGAUGAAAUUAAAUCAAUUGUUGAUAAACGAAAGUGGUGGAUUUGGAUUGACGAUAGAAAAACUUCUUACUUUACUUCUUGCGAAAAUUAUUUCAUAAAUCAUUACGUAAAAUCUGGAAGAAAGUUAUCGAGGUUAAUUGUUAAUAAAAAUAUAUUAAGUGAUGAAGAAAAAAAACUUUUAAUACAAUGUUCAACUAAUGUUCGCGAUGUCACCUUUUAUCGUCCAAUUAAUUUCGAAGGUUGGAAACCGAAAGAUAAGAUUGAAGAGUUGUGGAUAUGGAUCUCAGAUUAUUUAAUAACAAAAAAAGAUUUUGAAGAAAAUUUUCUUCCGUGGAUUAAUCUUUGUAAAGAAUUAGAUCUUUAUCUUCACGACGACAUUGAUUUUAUUAAAGAAAUUUGUGAAUGGAUUCUUUGUUCGAAUGUUAAGAAGUUUAUAAUCAAGUACCGUGGAAAAUAUUUUGAAAACCUCGAUGAAUUAAAAAACUUUACAACACGAUAAAAUAUUUAAUACCUUAAAUAUAUUAAAUUAAAACA